ACCGUGUGCCAUUGGGCUGCUUUAUAUUCUCAUCCUCAUAGGGCCGCUCAUCAUCCUGGUUCGCUUUGUCCUAGAAACAAAUGCAGCUCUGGACCGACAACUUUAUUCUUCAUUCGUUUGGUUGUACGUUACACCGAACGAACGUAGGAAAGGACUAUUAAGGGAUGACCGGUUAUUCACAGGAGUGUAGAUGGUCUAUCGUGUUCAUGGCGUAUCAGCAAACUGUCAUCUUCCGUCCUAUCCGUGAUGUUUUUACAUAUCGAUGUGUCGUUUGAAUGUGCAACAGGCUCCCGCCAUAUAUUCAUGCGGUUUAUGGAGACGAUGGGUCAUCAAAGGGAGGAUGCAUCCUAGUGCCCUACAUUUUUUUUGCUUGUGGUUACAUUAUAGCUAUUUAUUAAUGUUGUUCACUUACGACCAUGACUCUUUGAAUAGUGAUCUUUGAUCUGCACACAACUGAACAGCACUUCAGUUUGGCGAAGUCAUUUUUGACGAGGUUUGUGCCAGAGUAUAAGGGAGUUUAAAAUGGCAACUCAAGUUACGGGGAGGAAAAGAAUUCCCAACCGGGAGAAACUAUCGGCGGAGGAUGAUGCGCUCAGUCAAAUAGCUCGAGAGGCGGAGGCAAGACUGGCAGCUAAACGGGCAGCCCGGGCAGAAGCUCGAGAAAUCCGGAUGAAGGAAUUGGAGAGGCAACAGAAAGAGAAAUACUAUGGGCUGGACAACAAAUGGGGCCAUAUUGAACAGUGGAUGGAGGACAGUGAGCGGUAUUCCCGCCACUCUCGGAGACAUACUUCGAUAUCAGAUGAUGAGGAGCGGAUGUCUGUUGGCAGUCGGGGGAGUUUGAGGGGUAACCACACAGAUCUCUGCAGCAGCACCAGCAGUCUGCCUUCAGCCAGACUACAAAAUGGACGGCCCUCUGCGCUUUUUAGUGAACCCCCCCGUUCAAGAAGUCACAGGGGAUCACUGCAUGAAGAGAGUUCAUUCUCUGGCCCUAGGCGUUUCAGUGGCUCCAGUGCUAGAGGCCCUUCAGACUACAAUGGCUUUCUGGGCUCCAGUUCCAGGGCUUCAUCUAGGGCAAGUUCAGCCCGUGCCAGUCCAGUGGUGGAGGAAAGGUCAGAUUUCCUGGAAAAGGGUUCCAGGACAGCCUCCACCCUCUCGGCUGCCACUCUAGCAUCUCUGGGUGGAGGGUUAUCACGAAGAGGAAGCUGUGAUACCUCGCUUUCAGCUGACACUGAGGCCUCCAUACGGGAAAUGAAGGACUCUCUGGUAGAGGUAGAGGAGAAGUACCGUAAGGCCAUGGUGUCCAACGCUCAGCUGGACAAUGAGAAGACAAACCUGAUGUAUCAGGUGGACACACUGAGAGACACUCUGAUGGAGCUAGAGGAACUUCUGUGUGAGACACGCAGAGAGAGUGAGGAAAAAAACAGGGAGUGCGAGCGAGAACGUCAUGCCCACAAUGUCCUAAAGAUCCAGUUUGAGGAGAUGAAGGAAACACUGAAGCAGAGUGAAGAGUUGUUGACGGAAUCCCAACAGUCUCGUGGGAAGCAGGCGGACUAUAUUAGAGAGAUCUCUGACCUGCAAGAAACAUUGGAAUGGAAAGAUAAAAAGAUCCUGGCCUUAGAGAGGCAAAAGGAAUAUUCAGACAUUAUCCAUGAUGAACGGGAGGCACUCAGUGAUGAGGUUUGCCGGCUUAAGGAUGCUCUAAAGAAACAUGGCAUUGUGCUGGGAUCUGAGGUGACGGCCAAUGGGCAGGUAGCAGACGGGGUGAUUGAUGGGCGUGCUGAUUCGGAUACAGCUUCCCGAUUGAAUCAAGACUCUCACACGCCCCUCAUGACUGGAGACAGCAUGUUAGAGAUCAGAUUAAGGAAGCUGGUGGAAGAGAGAGAGAGCUUGCUCGACCAGGUACGGAAGCUUAAAGCCACUGCAGAGCAGAAACAGAAGAAUGGGACAGAAGAAAUGGGAAGCACUGAUGAGGAUGACCUUCAGAAUGGUCUGGACCCUCAUAUCCUAGAUCUGCAGAGAGAUGCUAACAGGCAGAUAAGUGACCUGAAAUUCAAGUUGGUCAAGUCUGUGCAAGAAGUCACAGCGCUUGAACAAAAUAUAAUUCGGCUGGAGGGUCAGGUGGGCCGCUAUAAGAUGUCUGCUGAGGCUGCGGAGAAAGUGGAAGAUGAAUUAAAAGUGGAGAAACGCAAGUUACAAAGAGAGCUGAGGUCUGCGCUUGACCGUAUCGAUGAGCUGGAAGCAAGCAACAGCCACCUGACGAAGAGACUAGAGAAGAUGAAGGCCAAUCGGAGUGCCCUACUGGCACAGCAGUGACGCCCGCCUGUGUCCCAUUCCUAUCACCCACUGGCACUGAUGACUUGCCACCCAUAUAAAACUAAAAUUUCUAUCAAAAUCAGAUCAAAUUAGCUCAAUCAUAAUCUUGCUAAUUCAGACUUCGAAAAGAUAAGUAAGGCUAACAGGCAUGAACAUCAACCUUCAUUUGUUUGCUAGUAGGAUUCCAAGCGGAGGACACAUCAAAAACAAAUUCUUACUGAGGCUCAUUAAAGUGACCUUUGGUUUGGAUUAGCAGAAUUCAGGCCCUCAAUGAGCUCUCAAUACUUUUUUGACUGGGUUACGGAUCUCUGUGUCUGUGUCAGAGCAACACAACACAGGCAGAGCACAUCUAUGACAGCAUGUUACUUUAUGGUAGUAUGUUGGUUCAGAGGGACAUUGACUUAGCAGAUCAUGCACUUUAUCUCUGCAUCAGUGUUCAAGUGUGUUACUCGGACACUGUACAUGGAACCAUUUUGCAUAAUGAGGUAAUGGAAAUUGUGUAGUCCAGAUAUUAAAUUAAUGAAUGUAUGCUCUCAUACAGAGACAGUUGUGCAUUUUCUUGCAAUGUUUUGUGCAGACAGGAACUUAACAACAGACAUGUGCAGGAUAUGUGCAACAUCACUUUGAACGUUUAAUGGGGAAUUGUUAUAAUGUCCAUUUUAUUUUACGCCAAAUCUGUGUGCAAGUGUUGGUUCGUACUUAAAUAAGGUGGACUAGCACUUUAUGAUGUUAGUAAUUUUUGUUUACAUGCUAAUGUUGAGUAAACAUCCUGAGAAACUUACAUGUAUAUGAGGACAUGGUUACAAAAAACUUUGAUGCAAUAACAAUGCUAAUAUAACUUUAUGGAGUUUAUUUGGGUAAAAGCCAAUAUUGGAAGUAUCUGAAUCAUUGUCCUUGAAAAUGUUCUCAGUGGCAGCAAUUAUUUUUCUUUGUUGCUUUAUUGAAGCACUCUUUUUUUCUCACAUAUCUUUUCAACUAAAGUGGGCCAAAUUAUGGAAAUACUUUUUUGUUUCGUUUAAUAUGCAGGUUUUAGAUCACCUACUCGCUUUCUGUGUAUAAAAACAGAGGUCUUGGUCAUUGUAAUAUGGUAAGUAGAAGUAGACAGUAUAAGCACAGCUGAUCAUCAGAAUACUGUUUCAUAUCCAGUUUAAACUCAGAUCAUACUGCAACAGCAUAUAUCAUCGGAGGGCUAAAUGGACAUUUGAGACGUCACCAGCCUUUAUAGAUACAAUCUGUAACCUGAGUCUUGCUUUCGAAAACAUGCUGAGUCAACACAAUAAAUGGGAGUGCAACUGUUUUUUUGAAGCCGGUCGUUGUAGCACUUUCACUAAUGGUCUGUCACUUAAAGAGUGUAUCAUUAAUCUCAAUGAAUUUGGGGUUUAUAGAAAUAAACAUGGCUUUUUUAAGAAAAAGAAAAAGGAACUGUAUUGCAAUAAUGCUUUUCAGAGUAACUGACCAUUACAUUUACACAACAAGUUCAGAUGUACAUCAUUAUGCUAACAGCUGUGACAAUGAAUGUCAUGAUGCUAUAUCCGCUGGAUGAUUGUUUGUGGCAAGAAGAUGAUCCUUUUUGCUGAUUGUGAGCUUCAGUUGUAUCCCUCCCAGGGUUCUGCAACCAUUGGAGACAAUGCACCACCUUGUUUACACACUCAGUGAACAUACUGUCUCAUAAGGACUGAUAUGCUGAACUUUUGAAAUAACAGACAGAGACACACAAAUUAUAUUGUUUACCUGUAUUACACCUCUUCUGUAAGACAUGGCAUAGCAAGAAAUAAACUCAUGCAAUAACA